CAUCUGCACCCAAUAUAUCGUUCGUCGAGAGAAUUCAGACUCGAGGGCAUCGUCAUGUCUUCCUCGAAUCCAGGUAGCUAUCCCGUUGUACCUCAUCAUCAAUGGCAUUCGUCAUCGUCGUCAUCAGCUAAUCAUAUUUGCCAUGAAGCCAACAAAGUUUCCCAUCCUCCAGACCCGAACCCGGCAGCACCACAGCCAUCUGGCGAUCAAACAGCCCAACCCCGACCAUCUCGAAGGUCGCGCAAACGGAAUGGCGGCGGUCCUCCUCAGUUGCAGUUCCUCACCGCCACUGACCCUUCGCAAUUCAAGGACGAAAAGGCGAAGAGAAGCGUCCGGUCUCAGGCUAUGAUUCAGUACCGCUACAAGUCAUCAGAGCAAAAACGAAAAAACAAUGAGUCGUCCUCAACCACUACUACUGCACCUGUUGAUCCCCCACCUGCCAAAGCCAUAUCGAACCAACCCAAAGCAUCGAGUUUAGUGUCCACGGCGAAUGACGUCUUACGCCAUCCUCCUCCGACUGCAUCCACAGGACCACCCAAACUACGUUCGUGGUGGGAUGAGGUCGACGACCAAGCGCUGUACCGAAGCACGUUGGAAGCAUGGCGAGGUACGAGCCAGCAAGGCCCCGCAGCCAUCACUGCACCUUAUACGACAAGAACGACCGCUCUUUCUAUCUCUUUCCGACCCCGUCGCUACCUGGACGCGCGCACUGCCCUAGAUUCGACCGUACCUGCACACUCCGUGCUCGACUACGAGCGCACGGCUCAGCACGACCAGAGACUUCUGGAUAUUGCUCUCGAAGAGGCUUCGAAGCGAUUCCCACGUGGAUUUGGCAACGGCGUGGAUCCUUUCCUCGUUCUUCCCAAGUUCGAGAGUAGGGAGUUGGACUCUUUCAUGCUAGUGAGGACUUGCAACAGAACAUUUUCCUCGGCGUCUACCCUGAAAAGAUGGUUACCUGCCAUGCUUUCGCAUCCGCAUAUUCUCCUGUCUUCUACCAUUGUCGCUUGCACAUGGAUGGACAUGCACGCUGGUGUACGGGGAGAAAGCCGCCGUACCGCUGUCGUCAAGGGCGAGAUCUUGUCGUGGAUCAAGGGCCGGCUCAACUCGGCCGAGUUACAGGCCCACGACUCUACAAUGAUAGUCAUUGUCCACAUGUUGGCGGGGGAGAUGUGGAGCUGCAAUGAGCAGACAUUGCGCUGGCAUGAGAUGGGUGUUGCCAAACUCAUUGCUCAUCGUGGCGGAAUGGAUAAUCUCAUGACGAUGGGACCUGUAGGCAUAACUUGCGCGAUAGUGUGUCUACACAGCGACAUCAUUUGCGAAGCCGCCCCUCUUCCGGAAUUUGCCCAAUGGAACCCUCCUCCCAUACUUGAAGAUGGUCCGGAAGCAUUGCCCGAAUCGCCUUUGUUCUAUCGUACGCCGGAGCUGGUUCCCGUGGUCAAAGAUCCUGCCUGCAAUAUGUAUACUUACGAAAUCAUUUGCGACAUGCGAGACUUGACUGAUCUCUUCCUUUCACUACAUGCAGGGUCGGACAGUAUAGUGGAUGCCGAAAUCAGUGCAGAGAUGUCAGUGUCUAGAUAUAACAAUGAUUUGAAGGCGACGCCCUCGACGGUCGAUUACGAUGCCAAAGUGGCCGAAAUACGCACGAAGCUAGCCCUUCUUCCAUCAGCAUUCGUACCCGGUCUACCCACGUCGGGGGAUUUUGUCUACGAAGCAUGUCGCAUCACAGCCAUCAUCUACACGUCGGCCAUAAUUAUGCGCGUGCCACUAUCAGUCGCAGCCGAACCCGCACGGAACGUCGUGCUCCUCGAUCGGGCGUCCGUGCAACCCCCAGAGGUGUUUACAAAGCGUUUGACCCAGUCGUUGUAUGAGAUCAUUGAGCGCACCAAUGUCGGCGAUAUCUGGGGUGACAUGGCAGGCGUCUUUUACUGGGUUUCGGCCGUAGGUGCUGCUGCUAGUCGGACGUCCGUUACGACGGACAUGUACCAGGAACCGACGUCGUUGAGUGAGGAGUACACAACAUGGACCCGGCGCUGUUUGAUCAUGUUUGCAACUCGGGCGAUGAUCAUCCUCGUAUUCAAACAUCCCGUUCCAGUCAGCAUAGCGCAGAAGAGGCUGCUCAAGGUACAGGAGCUGCUGAGCUCUAGAACAUUGCGCAAAGCCCUCUAG